AUAGGUGGAAACCUUGCGGAAUUAUUACAGUAUUUGUCAAGAGAAAGUCCAGAAUGAAACUGUUUGUUUUUUGUGUCGCCUUCUGUAUGACACAGUUGGUGUCCUCAGAGAACUCUCCACUCCUUCAACAAUUUGCAACUGGUAGUGUUCAAUUUACAGCGGAUGUCUACAGGCAACUUAAGGAGAUAAACGAUGGGGACAAUUUCCUGUUUUGCCCACUCUCCGCCCUCAUCAUUUUAGGCCUGACCCAAACCGCCGCCCGAGGAGUUACCGCUCAACAACUCUCGAAUGGGUUACAUCUCCCUGAAGAUCGGAAAACCGUCGAGCAGACAUUCCAACAGCUCCUGCCGGCUCUAAAAGGGAACGACAAGUAUACCCUUACCAGCGCGAACAAAAUUUACGUCAAGAACGGCUACAAGAUCAAAGAAGAGUACAAGAACAUCGCUCAGAAUUCCUUCGGUGCGGAAAUUCAAAACAUAAACUUUGAGGACAAGAAUGCGGCGGCUGCCGAAAUAAAUGGCUGGGUGGCCUCGAAAACCCAAGACAAAAUUCGCGACUUAAUCGAUGCCUCUAAGUUGAGCAAAGACAGUCGCUUAAUGCUAAUCAACGCGCUCUACUUUAAUGGCAGCUGGCUUUACACGUUCAACGAAAGGAACACCCUCAAGAGGAAAUUCUUCACCAAAUCCGACAGCCACAUCGAAGUUGACAUGAUGGAGGCCACUCGAUAUUUCAAGUACCACUCGUCGUCGAAUUUAGACGCGCAGUUUUUGGAAAUGCCUUACAAAGGUGAUGACGUUUCGAUGGUUGUAGUACUACCUAACCAAGUAGAAGGACUGUCCGCUUUGGAAAAUAACAUCGAAGCUGUUUUGAAUACCAAACUGGACGAGAAGGUCAAUGUUCAUCUUCAGUUACCAAAAUUUAAACGAGAGACAAGGGUGGAAUUGAAGAAGAUUCUUCAAAAUCUCGGGAUAACGGACGCGUUCGCCGACUCCGCCGAUUUCAGUGGGUUCGGUGAACCGGGCCAACGGCCCGUUAAGAUCAGCGACGUCUUACAAAAGUCAGUUGUCGAGGUAGACGAAAAGGGAACCGUUGCAGCCGCAGCAACCCUUGUUCACGUCGUACAAACCCACAUACUAAUACAAAGGCCUCCUCCGAAGCAAUUCAUCGCUGAUCAUCCGUUUAUUUACUUCAUCAAAUCGCCCGCUGGUGUUAUGUUUAUCGGUCGCUAUGUUAAGUAAUUACUGGUUUUUUAAUGUGUGAUUAUAAACUCUAAUAAACAACUCAAUGUUAUGCAAUUAA